AUGGCAUUACCUCCUCGUAUGACGUACAAUGGACUUUCGCGCAAGCUCGUCCUAGCCAUUGAUAUUGGGACAACAUUUAGUGGGGUGUCUUAUAGCAUCCUUGAUCCUGGUCAGAUACCCGAGAUACGAGGGGUAAAUAGAUACCCCGGUCAAGAAAGUGUCGGCGGUGAUCUCAAGAUCCCAACAAUUUUGUGGUACGAUCAGGAAGGGGUUGUCAAAGCAGCGGGUGCAGAGGCUACCCGGGAAGGCAUCGCAAUCCAAGUUGAGGAGGAACAAUGGGUCAAAUGCGAAUGGUUCAAGGUUUAUUUUCGUCCAGGAGAAACUGUAUCGCCUGAGGAUCAAAAGGUGCCUCCGCUCCCGUCAGGAAAGACAUUGUUGGAUGUGUUUGCCGACUUUCUUCGAUACAUCGUGGAAUGUGCAAAAACCUACAUCAUAGAGACACACGCUAAUGGCAAGACCUUAUGGGAUAGCUUUACAACCGACAUCGACUAUGUUUUGACUCAUCCCAAUGGGUAUGAGGGACCUCAACAGAAAAUCAUGCGCCAGGCUGCAAUACUUGCUGGACUCGUCCCCGAUUUAGAUACAGCUGAGAUCCGCGUCCAACUCCUCACGGAAGGGGAAGCGAGCCUGCACUACUGCAUCCAAAGCGGGCUGACAUCUGACGCUUUAAAGGACGAUAAUGGUGUCAUGAUUGUGGACGCCGGCGGAGGAACAAUUGACAUUAGCUCCUACACCCGGAAUGAAGACACAUUUGAGGAAAUCGCGGUCCCACAAUGCAUUUACAAUGGUUCAGUGUUUGUCACCAAUCGUGCACGUAGUUACUUCCAAGACCUUCUGGCUGGCUCACGGUUCAGCGACGACGUCGGGGUUAUCACUGAGAAAUUUGACAAGAAAACAAAAUUAGGAUUCAGGAACGAUGAAGAUGAUUGCUGGAUCCAAUUCGCAGCGGUCAAAGAAAAAGAUGCUGAGUUAGGUAUACGUUCGGGCCAGCUCAAGGUAUCUGGACAAGAUGUUGCAUCGUUCUUUGAACCUUCAAUCUCGGACAUUGUUGUCGCAAUUAAUGAUCAAAUUUUCUCCUCCCAAACUACCAUCGCAGCUGUUUUCUUAGUGGGGGGUUUUGCUGCAAGCGAUUGGCUGUUUUCUCAGGUCAAGGAACGAUUGGACAUAAUGGGAAUUGAGGCAACUCGGCCAGACAGUCAUCUGAAUAAGGCUGUUGCACAUGGUGCUGUAUCUUACUAUCUUGACCAUCGCGUUACUACAAGAGUGGCGAAGUAUACGUAUGGCAUACCCUGUGGGAUUCCUUAUGAUGAAGAGAAUGAAGAGCAUAUUCAGCGGUCUUCCAUGAAAUAUCAAUCUGCCUCUGGGGCUUGGUAUAUUCCUGGAGGAUUUGAUGUCAUCUUGCCUCGGGGUACGCAAGUCUCCGAAAGUAGGGAAUUUCGGAGAGCGUUCGGAAGAAGCAGAAAAGAUCUCAAUUCACUUCGAACUAUGUCUACUUCCUUGAUGUGUUAUCACGGAAACAUCGAUACUCCUAAAUGGGUUGACACUGAACCUGGAAUGUUUACUUCCAUGUGUUCGAUCAAAGCUGACCUGGACGAUCUCGCUAAAACACUCAAACCUCGAACUGUAACAAAUAAAGAUGGACGGGAGGACGUAUACUACGCAAUUAACUUUGACAUAGCACUGUUAUUUGGACUCACUGAAUUCAAAGCUAGUGUGAUAUGGCAGGAAAACACUGUGUUCUAUGCCAUCUCGGACGUAGCAAAUCUAAUCUUUAUGUAG